AUGCCGGCCGUACAAAUCGACACCGCAAAGGCAGCACGCGAGGUGGCUAACCUCGUCGCCCGCGUCACCACCGGCCGCACCAGCAGCGUCGGCAGGACGAGCAGGACAGGCAUAAGGGCCAUCGGCGGCGGCAUCAUCGCCGCCAUCGUCAUCGGCGCCGUCAUCUUCAUCGCCGUCAUCGUCGUCGCCUUCUGCCUCUUCCGCCGCCACAAGAAGCAGAGCGCCCGGCGCCAGCAGGAGAUGCAAAAGUACUACGGCGAUAACCGCUCCAGCAUCGGCACCGCCGACGGAGCGCCGGCGCCGGCCCCGGGUCAGGCCGGGUACGGGAACGCCGGCCAGGCGGGUGGCUACGGCUAUAGCCAGGGCACCGGCUACGGGUACGCGCACACUGCGCAGCCGGGACAGGCUGGGUACGGUGUGCCUCCCAUGGCGCCGGCGCACACUGCCGACCAUGGCACUCACGCGAAAUAA